CACAAGAGAGAAAAAUAUAGACUAAAGUAGGUUUUUUUUUUUGUGUUAACAAAAUAUAAAUAGGAAUAAAUAUUAUUAAUUAAUUAAAACAAUGGCUGAUGAAGAUAAUAAUGGUGAUUCAGAUGAAUUGCAACAAGAAAUAAUUCAAAAAAGAAUUGCAAAAUAUGACAGUGGAGCUGCUGAUUUAGAAAGAGUGACAGAUUAUGCUGAGGAAAAAGAAAUAACCUCGUCUGAUGGAUUUUCUUGUGCAUUGAGCUUGAUUGGCGACAGAAGAAACAAAGAAGCUGCUGAAAAAAUUGCAAGGGAAAAAGAAUUACAAAAAAUAUCAAUUAAAAAAGAAGAUGUUGAUCUUAUUAUGAAAGAAAUGGAAAUCAAUAGAAAUAAAGCUGAAAGAACUCUCAGGGAACACAAUGGAAAUGUUGUCGAGGCACUUGUUACAUUAACAAAUUAAAAUUAAAUCCAAUAAAUGAAUAAUUAAAAUUUAUCAAAAUUCAUAAAUCAAUUUUUAGAUACAGUUUAUUUAUUAUUAUUAUUAUCAUUUUUUGCCAGCAAUAUUUAUUAAUAAACGUAACACUGAAUUUAAAAAAAUAAAGCACCAAUGAACAUUUGUUAAUAUUUUAAGUUUAGCCUCAAUUCAAUUAAUAAACAAACUGUUUUAAUUA